AUGAAGUCCCUCAGAGGUGCGAGUAACCUGGAUGCCAAGAAAGUAGUGAAUAGGCCCCAAGUCCUUAACUGGAAAUUCCUGUUGCAGCCGGGUGAUAAGGACAGUAAUGACAUGAGGAUGAGUACCUGUAACAAUGAUAUCGUCAACAUAUAUGAGGAGAAAAAUUUUGAUUGUUUCCAUGUUGAGCAUUCUGUUUUCCUUGAGCAGCACUCAUCACAGCAAGUCUCUGCAGUAUCUUCCCGAAUGUGGCUGCUUGCUGACUUGUUCUCCUCAAGUGUCGUGGCUGCUACUUCAUGCAGUGGUGAGGUGGCAAUUGUAGGACAUGGCUUAACAGCUAUCAGCCCUUCAGCCGUAUGGCCAUGGGACAUCAGAGGGUUCAGUCUGGCACUAAGCACCUUGUUAGAUAGCCUAAUAAGUCAAGCUGCAUCAGACGAUUCUCUUCGAAAGCUUGCAACAGGUAAUGUGGCUGCCCCAGACAAUGACACUAUAUAUGCACUUGUGCAGUGUACGCCUGAUUUGGACGAGCAUGGAUGCACCGCUUGCCUACAUCAAGCUGCGGGAUACAUUCCAACAUGUUGUAGUGGAAAGAAUGGAGGGCGACUUCUAACACCCAGCUGCAUUGUAAGGUAUGAGACCUACAGUUUCUAUGACCCUGCAGAUAAUGCACUACCAGCACCGGCACCACUAUUGCCGCUAGAGCCAACAAUAUCUACUACUCCACCAGCGAAAGGAAGGCAGAGUAACGGAGCUCAUACUGUCGUCCUCAUUGUUGUUCCAAUAGUAAUUUGCCUGAUCCUCAUCAUCAACUUUUUCAUCCUUUUAGGAGUGAGGAAGCCGAGGGAACAAGUCGAAGAUGGUGAAAGUUGUGAAGUGGAAUCCUUGCAAUUUAACUUCAACACAAUUAGAGCAGCAACAGAUAACUUCUCGGACGCAAAUAAGGUUGUUUGA